AUGUCAACACUAUUUGUACCGUCGAUUGCCCUGCUGGAGAAACCAACUUCAUCCUCAACGGCAGCCUUUAUUAUAUUCCUUUGCGACGACAAUGGGGACAUCAACAACAUCGAUCAAAACAACUUAUUUUGGAUCCCGAAACUUUCAGUUUUUGGCCUGAUUUUGGAUUCGACUUAUGGGUAAUCGGCAAACUCCUUCAAGGAGGACCAAUUUUUCUUGGCAUCAUAACGUCAAUUGGACUUGCUUUACUUGCCGUCUACCUAUUCAUGCGACUAUCGCCUAUAUUUCGAAUUUAUCGACAAAUGGCUAGAACGAUUACCAUCCUGGCAAUUUUUGUUCAAGUUCAAGCAGUCAAUAUAAUAGCA